GUGUCUUGCAGUGGGCAGGCCAUGCUGGAUAUAUUACGGAAAGAUUCAGUGGUCUAUUGGCACGUCAAGCUCUAGUUGAUGUCACAUUGAUCUGCGAUGAACAAAAACUACGUGUUCACAAGCUGGUUUUAGCUUCGAAUAGUGUAUAUUUUGAGCAAAUUGCUUCACUUUCAUCAUGAAAUGUGUUGAUUAAUGUUUCGAUGCGCAUCUCUAUUUUUCCUUGGAGAUCUGCUGAUGACUGAGCAGUAUCAUUAAGAUUUUGUUGAAUGAACUUAAGGAUCUCUUAUUGUCGUUAUAAUUGUUUUUUAAUUAUUUAUCUAUAAAAUUAUUUAUUGAUAAAGAGAACUCCUUAAUUGUUUGUGCUCAGUGAAGCAAGAAACUCCAGAAAGACAUCUUUCCAAUACUCAAUUGCCUAAAAUUAUUUGAAUAUAUAAUGAGAAAGAUUAUAUACAUUGGGUAUCACUUCCAAGGGUCUCCUAAUAAUAUACACCAACAGAGAAAAUUGUCUGAACGUUUAUAGAAGAGGAUGAUAAUUGUCACUAAAAUCCAAUAAAACACGCAUAUGUAGAGAGUAAUGUUACAAAUUUUAUCAACAAAAUAUUACUGAGCUUGCGUCUAUGAUUCUCCUCUCACCUGUAUAAACUUUAUCACGGGUAAUAUAAGAUUCGUAUAAACUAAAGAAAGCCUUGCGUGUAUUCGGAAUUUCGUUAUUUCUUUGCAAACAUUCGAAGAAACCAAGUUCGAAGGGCAUACUUUAUACAGUUUUCAAACAACAGCCGUUCUUUAGAAAGGAGAUACUACAGCAAGACCUGGGGCAAGAACCGAUUAUACUUUUAAAAGACUUGGACUUUGAAAUUCUCAAGGCCAUGGUCGAAUUCAUGUAUUGCGGAGAAACCACGGUAUCCCACCACUAUUUGUCAUCCUUGCUGAAUGCAGCGAAAAUUUUCAAGGUGAAAAAAUUGGUAUCCGUGAUCGACACAAUCUUUGGCACGAGAAAGAUCCUCGACAACUUUGAGACUUGCCUGAAACAACAGACGGGAGACUACAAUCUAAAAGUUACAAACAAUUCGCUCACGGAGAACGAUUACGUCUGUGUCAGAUGUGAUAAGCUGAGUAUGGACAACACUUCGCUUUGCGCCGAUAGCAAUAACGACGUAUGCUCAACAAAGAAUCAGUCUUUAGAGAACGACACGAUUGACGACACCGAGCACGAUUCCGAGCACACGUUGUACGACGAGUCGGACGUUAUCGAUAUCGAUAGCGGCAAGGCUGCAGAAACGUCGUCCUUCUCAAUGUCCGACGUAAACAUCAGCUGGCGAAGCGAUAUCAUUAGCGCCGUGUCCGCGCACGGUAACGUAAAUCAAGUACAAACGAUGGGGUGUGCACGCGAUGAUAGGGACGAAACUUAUUGCAAUAAUAGUCACGACUUAAAACCUAUGUUGUACGAACAAUGCUGUGAUUUAACCGAGGUAAGCGAACAUCACGAUCAAACCACCUGCUCCUCCGCCUCCGCCUCCGCUUCCUCCUGCUCCACGACGACGACGACGACGACGACGACGACGACGACGACGACGACGACGACGACGACGACGACGACUUGCUUUCCGCGAGUCGACGAUGAUCCUGAGCACUGUCUCGACGACAUGAGUAGCGCAGUUCCUCUUAGCAAAGUAGGCAAAUGCAUCAAGGUUUACACGCACAAGCGACGCAAGUCCGUGGACGAGAUGCGCAACAAGCUUGUAAAUGCGCAAUGCAAUCUAGUGCCAACCUCGCUAGCAUCUACAGACUCGAUAGAUCUACUGGACGAACCGAUCGCCAACGACGUACCGGUCACUCUGUUAACGUCCUUGGACAUGGAGAGCGACGAAUAUAUUCUGAGCUUGAGCACAGAGAGUAUACAGUCUAUAGUAGGUAGUACCAUAAGCGACCAGCACACAGUGAUUGGUUGCAAGAAGUUGCAUGCAAAAGCGGACAGCGUCGAGAAGGAGCGAGCGAGCUACGCGGAUUGUACGAAGCCGGUGCUGAGACGGAGCACGCGACUGAAUCAACAGGAGAGCGACGAGACGGUGAGUAACGGCGGCGGGAUGAUAUCUUCCACGGCAAGUGUCGCAGGAGUCGAGAAACCGUUCAAGAAGGGCAAUUCUCCCAAUCGAACGGAUUCGUGCACGAAAGCGAGACGCAAAGGAAGAGAGGAUCGCAAAGUGCCGGAUCAACACGGUACUACCGGGGCUGUCGACACGACGCUGCAAUGUGUCAUGAAGAAAAGCUUGAGGAACAAGAGGAGCAACUCGAAGUUGAUGGUGAAAAAGAGCAGCAAGUCUACGUGCGUGGUGGCCAGCACAAUGAGCGUAGGUAAAGAUGAGGAGUCGAGACUGGCAAAAACAACGAUAGCAACGACGAUUGAUGGGAUCGGAAACGAGAGUACGGAAGGAUGGAUGACGUUGGACCAAGGUUCCGUUUCGCCCGUAAGAUUCGACACGAUCAGCGGCAUCGAUCGCGCUCUCUGGGGCGACAGGUCCGACAGGUUGAGCGACCAGGAGAAUCAGACGAGUUCGCUCGUGUAUUCGCCCAACAACGCGAUCCCCUUCGCCGUCGGCUUGCUCCCACUGCGCACCGCGUUGGAGAAGAUGCAGGCGACGCCGGACUAUCAGCCGCGUAAGACCCGCUCGUCGUUCGCCCCGUUGCGGCAAGACGGUGGUGCGUUGAAGCGCAAGGCGAACGGCGCGUUCACGGACGUCACGAAGAAGCAGAUGGUCGGCAGCAACGCCGAAAGCCCGAAGACCGUAUGCCAUAUACAAAUUAAAACCGCGCCGUCGCAGGACAUGAAGAGCCGCAAGUCGCGGUUGCUCGCCGCAACCGGCGACGGACGGCGCGAGCAAGCAAUAACGCAGUUUCAGGGACGAAUUUUAAGCGUGAUAGAAUGGCGUCGAUUUUGCAUGAUUAUGCCUCAUCAAAUUAACUCGUUAGCCAGAUUGCUUACUACCAGAUAAUGAACGUAUUUGAACGCGAGAAAAUGAAUACUGUAUUAUCUCUGGCGACUGUGCUGCAAAAAGAUGUAUGCCCGGAAUUAAUUUUAAGCAUCUGUAAAAUAAUGCGCGCAAUAGAGAGGGAGAUAAGAGGUAACGAUAAUAUUAUAUUUUUAUAAAUUUUGGUUUUUUAAUUAUACACAACACACACACACACACACACACACAUACACACUCAGAUAAUAACUUUGAAAAAAAUAAUCUUAAAGAGUACUUUGUACCUUCAGAAGCAUAGUAGCAAUAACUUUUUAACGUGAAAACUCGUGAGUCAUAUUAGCAUGUAACUUAAAGUAAAUUAGCAAAUUGUAAAACAGAGAGAAUAAUUUGUAUAAAUUAAUGUAGUGAGCAUCGUGCUGGAUAAUUGCUUAUUUAUCAUUUCAAUGUCUACAUCGCGUAUCUUUUACUUAAAAGGCGUCUCUGUUAGCUUACUGUUGAGUACAUUAUGACUAACUUAAAAUAAGAAUGCGUGCUAUAUAAGUGGUAACGAAGCUCCUACAUGUGUGUUUGUGACAGUCACAUCGUUAAAGGGAAAAGGAACAAGCGCGUUUUCAAUGUACAAAAUGUAUUUUUAAUAUAACUUAACCAAACUCACGUGAUGUACGAGCGUAUAUAUUUUCUUUUUCCAUUUUGUACAUUUAGCUACAGUAUUCUUAGAAUUAAAACAGUUGCUGCUCAAUGUAAAAGGAUUGUUUAUCGCGAUGACGUACAGAUAGUGUUGAGAAGAAAAUAUACAUGAAUGUAAAUACAUUUAUACAUAUAUACAGAUAUAGAUGUAUAUACAUAUAUUUUUUCACAAUAAAUGUUUUCGAUGGGAAUUGGCAAUCUUUAUAGAGCUUAUUCCCAUCUUUCUGAUUCUGAUAUUUUGGUUACAGUUUCCGCGUGCUAAUAUUGUAGAAUGUUUCAGUUCAAGACAUCCAUUUUCAGUAUCCUUUUCCAAUAUCCUUUUCCACGUUCUUCGAACCUCAACGAGAUAAGCGAAAUGCUCCGGACAAUUAGGAGAAACUCGAUGACCCGCGACGACUGUUAAUUAUCAAAUCCAAAUCAUUCAUUUUCACGUAUUGCGUUGAAGUGAUCGCUUCUUCUCUCUCAGGUAUACACUCGACGUGCAUAUAUUUCGUGGAAUACAUCGUACUCUUUGCUUGAGUAAUAAUAAUAAUAAAAAAAUCAACAAAAAAUAUUAGGAUCCGAAGGGGGUAGAAAGCGGAGCGUGAACGUAAAAAUAGCAAUGCAACCGCGCGAUACAUGGUUUUGACACUGCGCAGAAGGACAGACAGAGCGAGAGCGAACGAGAGAGAGAGAGAGAGAGAGAGAGAGAGAAAGAUUAAAGAAAGAAACACAGCGGCUUCUAUUUAUAGCUGUGUAAUUUGAUUGGCCGCACAAACACGAUGACACGCGUGCAAUCCAUGCGCGACUAGGCGGCGAUCUUCAUUA